CCGGAGGCCGGGGCGGGACUGCACUUAUACCGGAUCUCGGGCCGCUGCCCGCGUGUGCAGCUCGCGGACCCGCCGACCCUCGCUCUGCCCUCUCCGCCCGUCCGCCGGUUUCUCUUCGCCCAGAGGCAAAAUGACAUCCGUGGCAGUUGACCCACAGCCGAGUGUGGUGACUAGGGUGGCCAACCUGCCCUUGGUGAGCUCCACAUAUGACCUGGUGUCCUCGACUUACAUCAGUACAAAGGAUCACUAUCCCUGUUUGAAGUCUGUGUGUGAGAUGGCAGAGAAGGGCGUGAAGACCAUGACAUCUGUGGCAGUGACCAGCGCCCUGCCCAUCAUCCACAAACUGGAGCCACAAAUUGCGGUUGCCAAUACCUAUGCCUGUAAGGGGCUGGACAGGAUUGAGGAGAGACUGCCUAUCCUGAAGCAGCCAACAACUGAGAUUGUUGCCAACGCCAAAGAUGCUGUGAAUGGAGCGAAAGAUGCUGUGACAACUACUGUGGCCGGUGCCAAGGAUUCUGUAACCAGCACCAUCGCUGGAGUGAUAGAUAAGACUAAAGGAGCAGUUACUGACAGUGUGGAGAAGACCAAGUCUGUGGUCAAUGACAGCAUCAACACUGUUUUGGGAAGUCGGAUGGUGCAAUUUGUGAGCAGUGGAGUAGAAAAUGCACUCACCAAGUCAGAGCUGCUGGUAGACCAGUACCUCCCUCUCACUCAGGAAGAACUAGAAAAAGAAGCAAAAAAAGUUGAAGGAUUUGAUAUGGUUCAGAAGCCAAGUUAUUAUAUUAGACUGGGAUCCCUGUCUACCAAGCUCCGUUCCCGUGCCUACCAGCAGGCCCUCAGCAGGGUUAAAGAUGCCAAGCAAAAAAGCCAAGAGACCAUCUCUCAUCUCCACUCCACUGUUCACCUGAUUGAGUUUGCCAGAAAGAAUGUGCAUAGUGCCAACCAGAAAAUCCAGAACGCUCAGGAUAAGCUCUAUGUUUCGUGGGUGGAGUGGAAGAAAAGCAUUGGCCACAAUGAUACCGAUGAAUCCCACUGUGUGGAGCACAUCGAGUCACAUACUCUGGCUAUUGCCUGCAACCUGACUCAGCAGCUCCAGACCACGUGCCAGACCCUCCUGUCCAACGUCCAAGGGCUACCACAGAACAUUCAAGAUCAGGCCAACCACUUGGGGGUAAUGGCAGGUGACAUCUGUGCAGUGUUCCGCAAUGCUGCCUCCUUUAAGGAAGUUUCUGAUGGCCUCCUCACUUCCAGCAAGGGGCAGCUGCAGAAAAUGAAAGAAUCCUUAGAUGAAGUCAUGGAUUAUCUUGUUAACAACACACCUCUCAACUGGCUGGUAGGUCCUUUUUAUCCUCAGCCUACUGAUUCUCAGAAUGCUCAGGAGCAACCUACAGAGUUGAACAAGCCCAGCCAGCGGGCCCAGCAGUAUGAGCUCAAAACUUUUUAAUGUGUCCUUGUCACCAGUGCACCUGAACUUGACCUGCUUGAUGACUCUGAAUUAGAAAAGCUGCCGGUUAGGAGAAAGUACUCUCUACAGUCAUUCCUAGCUGAAUUAAGGAUAUGAAGUUGCUGGCGUAGCAGACACGCUCUGUUGACCCUGUUAGUUAGGCUUGUUAGAUCCUAGCCAGAACUCACAAAAGGUUCAAGUGCACUUACUGUUGUUAAUGUCUGUCUGUAUGAAAUAAAAGUAUGUCCUGUGGGCUGUGGUUUAAACUGGUGUCUGCUCCUGUAUAGUCUCAGCUUGCUAUAUCAUUGGUUAUAUGCUUGUUGUUUUGUUUAUUCAUGAUCAACAAGUGCCACCUUUGAGUUCAAUAAAAUUCACAGUAGAAUAGAGCAUAUUUAUGCCAUUUUCGUA